AGUCCGGAUCUCGCUGCUGCCCGACCCGGGUCCCGCUCCCGCCGCUGGGGAGGAGGCGGCGGCCUGCCCGGCUUCCCUCGGCCGCCCCGCCAGCCCGGGGGUGGCGGGCAGGGAGCCGCGGGCGGCCCCGGAGGACAAUGCACCCGGCGCUCGGCCACCCCCGCUCGGUCUCGUCUUCGUCCGGCUCCUGCCAGCCUCGCCCAGCAGCGGCCCGGGCGCAGCCCCUGUGCCUCCGGGGGGGCGCCCCCCGUGCCGAGAGCGGCUCCGGCGACAGCAGCACCAGCGCCAGCCGGGGCGGGGGCGGCGGCUCCCCCGCCAGCAGCAGCAGCAGCAGCAGCAGUAGCAGCUCCGGAGCAGAGCGCGAGGACGACGACGACAGCGUCAGUGUCAGCAAGCCGCUGGUGCCCGCUGCUGCCGCUGGGAUCCCGGGGCCCCUGGCCGCGGGGGGCGCCCCGAACGCGGACCCCGCGCGCGCCGCCUUCUCCGCCGCCACCCCCUCGUCCACGCCCACCUCCUCCAGCAGCAUGACGGCCGGGGACUUCGGCGGGGGCGCUGCGGCCGGGGGCGUCGGGGGUGCGGGCGGCCGCGGGGCCGGGGCUGCGGGCGGCACGGGGACAGGCAGCGGCGCCUCCUGCUGCUCACGCUGCUGCCGCUGCUGCUGCUGCGGCCGCCCGGCCCCGCCGACCCGCAGAGGUCGGCGCCCCGGCUGCGGCCGGAGCUCGGGGUGCGGCUGGGGCUACCAGGCGCUGUCCGUGGUGCUGCUGCUGGCGCAGGGAGGGCUGCUGGACCUGUACCUCAUCGCCGUCACCGACCUGUACUGGUGCUCCUGGAUCGCCACCGACCUGGUCGUGGUGGUGGGCUGGGCCAUCUUCUUCGCCAAAAACAGCCGGGGCCGUCGGGGCGGCGCGCACAGCCACCCCCCGCACCACCACCACGCCGCCUCCGCCGGGGCCAAGUCCCGCGGGUCCCGCGGGGGCGCCGGAGGCCCCGGGGGCGUCCCGGGGACCGCCCCGGCAGUGGGCGAGUUCGCCUUCGCCUACCUGGCCUGGCUCAUCUACUCCAUCGCCUUCACACCCAAGGUGGUGCUCAUCCUGGGCACGUCCAUCCUCGACCUCAUCGAGCUGCGCGCGCCUUUCGGCACCACGGGCUUCCGCCUCACCAUGGCGCUGUCGGUGCCUCUGCUCUACAGCCUGGUGCGGGCCAUCAGCGAGGCGGGUGCCCCGCCGGGCUCCACGGGCCCCCUGGUCCUGCAGCCCCAGCAGCACCGCGCCGCCGGCUGCUUCCUGGGCACGUGCCUGGACCUGCUAGACAGCUUCACCCUGGUGGAGCUGAUGCUGGAGGGCCGCGUGCCGCUGCCCGCGCACCUGCGCUACCUGCUCAUCGCCGUCUACUUCCUCACCCUGUCCUCGCCCGUGCUCUGGCUGUACGAGCUCAACGUCGCCUGGGGCCAGGCCCCGGGGCCGCGCGGCUGCGGCCGACUCCUGCGCCUGCUGGGCGGCUGCCUGGUGGACGUGCCCCUGCUGGCGCUGCGCUGCCUACUGGUGGUGAGCUACCAGCAGCCCCUCUCCAUUUUCAUGCUCAAGAACCUCUUCUUCCUCGGAUGCCGUGGCCUGGAGGCCCUAGAGGGCUGUUGGGACCCGGGGAGCCGGCCCUCCCCCAGUCGGGCCCGAGGGGGCUAUGGCGCUCCGCCCUCGGCCCCGCCGCCCCCAACGCAGCCUCAGGGAGGCUCCCAGCUGAGUCACUGUGUCUCGGAGAACGAAGGAGGGGCCCAUGGCUAUGUCAACACCCUCGCCGUGGCCUCCCAGAGUUGAGCGGAAUAAGGGGGCGCUUGCUUUUCCUUUGAGAGACCUCUGCUCCCUUGUCCUCUGACCUCUCGCUCAGAUGAUUCGAAGCUCUGUUUGGAAGAGGUCACCCUUGUAGGGCAAAGGGCGGGUGUGUCCUGUGCUCCUUGGGUCAAGAUGGCUUGGAGGAAGACCAGCUGCUGAUAGUGAGGGAGGAGGUCCACGCUCUCUGUUCUCCCUUCUCCAUGCCUGACCCCGACCCCAGCCUCCAAGGCUCUGGUGCCUCUGCUUCUUGCUCUCCUGCUUCCACCCUCAACCCCACCCGGGCUGCGGGGCGGAGGGGCGUGGAGGGGGGAGGUGCCCAGGCACGGGGUGGUGGGCCUUGGGCCUUGCCUCUCGCCUGGAAGUGCCAGCUUCUUUCAGGCUGUGGUUAGCAGCCAUUGUCCCAUGCCUUGAAAUGGACUCAGAAGCCACUGUCCCCGAUGUCUCCGUCGGAUUUCUUCCAAGUGGUAGACAAAAAGUCUACGUUGCUGUGUGUGUCCUGUGGUUUUCUGGUGUCCACCCCGUGGCCCCUCACAAUCAGCAGGGAGUCUGGGGAGGCCCUGCCACACAGGCCACCCCCCCCCCGUUCCUUCCCGGAUUCGCGGCCCUGCGUUCCUGGGAGCUGCCCUUGGCUCUUCAAGAGAGAAGCUCCCCCAGGAUCUCCUCGGUCUGAGUCCUCUCUCCUCAGUGGGGGGAGGAGGGUUCUUGCCCUAAGGACCAAACCACACCCUUUCAUGGGUGGAAGACAUUUCUACCUCCACACUUUUUGACUUCUGUCGCAUCAUGCACUGAUGCCACUUGCAAAAAAUAAAGACAAACUACCCAGAAGUUGCAUUCCACAUGGCCCCUGGAUCCAACUGGGGUUUGCUGUCAAGGUCAUUACAGGGUCUGUGGGGUACCAGCCGCUGGCUCCGCCCUCGUCUCUCCCUCCUCCCCCUCUGCACCCAGACCUCUCCCCCUUCCUGAGGGGUGUUGCUGGCUGGGUCAGAGCUUGGCCCAGAACAGCAGCUUUGGUGAGAUUCCUUGAUAGACGUGGAGUGGGGGCUCCCAUGGACCCAGCUGUCCUUGCAAAUGGUGUGGUGACCCUUGUCCUUUGCCCUGGUUAGGAGCAUCUCCAGGGAAAAGGGACAAUUUGUGAAGGAAGUGGGGGAGCAAAGCUGGCACCGCCCAGCCCGCCUCCCCGGGGCUCCUCCUGCUGGGGCCGAUGUGAGGGAAACCCAGGGGUUCCCACGGACCCCCUUGGACUCUUGCAGGCAGGAUAAGUAUUUUCAGGGGGGGUGAGCGCGCAGCUGGGAGCGGGACCAGGAAAUACUCUCUCCACCCUGCAUUAAGAUGGGGGAGGGGGGAGUUGUGAGGGUUUUUGUUUCCCCUCCUGGUUCUUAAGCUCGGGGAGCUCUGUGCUGUGACACACGCUGGACCAAGGGCCAGAAAAGUCACGGAUUUCAGUUUUGAUUAUUGCUCACUUUUGCUUUUGGAGCCUCAGUCUUUUGCUUGGGCCGCUCUUCCCCAACUUUUGGGGGGCUUGUUGACAAAAGACAUCCAUGUAAACAGAGCCACAAGAGGGGCUGAUGGCUUAACCAGCGCUUCCCCGACCCCCCCACCCCCCCGCCCUGUCCCGUGGGGAACCAUAAGGAAAAUGUGUGCACUCCAUGCACCACUCUCUGGGCUUCCAGCCACUCACCCGCCAGGCCCCACGUAGGCCAGCUGCGUUUCGCAGGUGACGGGGGUAUUUCCUGCCUUUUCUCCUUCCUGCGCCGGCUCCUCUUCUUUCCCUUGGAAUCCCAUGUGCUCUGAGUUUGGGGGCCCAGCCCCUGCGGUGGGGGGGCUCCUAGCUGCUCUGUCCACUUCCAGAUGCUCCUUCCAGCUCUGCUGUCUCUCUGCUGCCUGGUGUCCAAGCCCCGGCCAGUUCCCAGCUGGCCCCUGCCCCGCCCCCUUUGUGCUGUUUGGAUGGCGGCCUCACACCUGGGUGCUGCUGGGCUUCCUGGGGAGAGGCUGUGAUCGGUUCCCAGGGGCGGCCCCUCCCCUACUUAUGUCAGGAAAUCGGUGGCAACCGGGGACGUUUGUCUGCCAAACAUUCGGUGCAGCCGCCUCGAGCUCAGGGGGCCGGGCCCUCCCUUCUGCUGUGUUUUCUUUGAGUCCUUUUACUCACUUCCCUUGCCUGAAUCACAAGAAGCAAUGACCCCUACAGCUUCAUUUUCCUUGCCUUCUAGGGGCACCCGUAGUGUGGUGGUCAAACUGGAGGUGUCCCUGUGGGUCAGGAAGGAGGGGUGCAUGUCUCCUGGGGCUGCCGCCAGCACAGCUCACAGACAGGAACCUGCUUCAGAGCCCAGGCUGCCUGCCUCUCACACGUGAGCACGUCGGCAUGUCCUGCUCCGGGCUGCUGACUCCGUACCUGCUUCAGGAAGGCGCUGGACCGGACCCCUCUGAGGCCUCCCCCACAGGAUGCGUCCUGACCGUGAUUUCGUGGGUUUGGGGGAAGAGCUGGCUGGCAGUCUGAGCCUGGAAGGGGAAGUGGCACCUCGCUAGCAUUUAUCACGUUUUUCUCCCCUUCUCUUUUUAAAAA